AUGUCGUCCAAGUCGCAAUUGCCCUUUGGCACUCGUGCCUCCAGCCACCCCAACCCGCUGGCUCGGAAGCUGUUUGAGGUUGCUGAAGCCAAGAAGAGCAAUGUCACAGUGUCCGCCGAUGUCACCACCACCAAGGAACUCCUGGACCUGGCCGACCGCCUCGGACCCUACAUCGCCGUGAUCAAGACCCACAUUGACAUCCUGUCCGAUUUCAGCCCCAAGACCAUCAAUGGCCUGAAUGAGCUGGCCGAGAAGCACAAUUUCCUCAUCUUCGAGGACCGCAAGUUCAUCGAUAUUGGUAACACUGUCCAGAAGCAGUACCACGGCGGCGCCCUCAAGAUCUCUGAGUGGGCCCACAUUAUCAACUGCGCCGUCCUGCCAGGCGAGGGCAUCGUCCAGGCUUUGGCCGAAACUGCACAGGCCGAGGAUUUCCCCCACGGCUCUGAGCGCGGUCUGCUGAUCCUCGCUGAGAUGACUUCCAAGGGCUCCCUGGCCACCGGAGAGUACACUUCUGCCUCGGUAGAUUACGCGCGGAAAUACCCCAGCUUUGUGCUGGGCUUCGUCUCGACCCGUGCGCUGACCGAGGUUCCCUCGACCGUCACCGCUGCCGACAACGAGGACUUCGUCGUCUUCACCACCGGUGUCAACCUUUCAUCCAAGGGCGACAAGCUCGGACAGCAGUACCAGACCCCGCAGUCUGCUAUUGGCCGCGGCGCCGACUUUAUUAUCGCGGGACGUGGAAUCUACGCCGCUCCAGACCCCGUUGAGGCUGCCAAGCAAUACCAACAGCAGGGAUGGGAAGCCUAUCUGGCUCGUGUUGGUGCUGCCAGCCAAUGA